AUGGGAAAGAUUAUUUUUUACGAGGACAGGAAUUUCCAAGGCCGUAGUUAUGAGUGCAGCAGCGACUGCGCAGAUCUACACUCCUUUUUCAGCCAAUGUAACUCCAUCAGAGUGGAAAAUGGCUGCUUCAUGAUCUAUGAAUGGCCAAAUUACACAGGUCACCAGUAUUUCAUGAAAAAAGGUGACUAUCCUGGCUUCCACAGUUGGAUGGGUGUCAGCAGCAGUAUCAGAUCCUGUCGCGUAAUUCCACCGUACAGAGGCUCAUACAGACUAAGACUCUAUGAAAAGGCUGACUUUAAUGGUCAUAUGAUGGAGUUCAUGGAUGAUUGUUCCUCUGUUUCGGACCGUUUCCAUCACCGCCAUGUUUACUCCUGUAAAGUGUUGGAUGGCUAUUGGAUCUUCUAUGAGUAUCCCAACUACAGAGGCAGGCAGUACUUCCUGAAACCUGGACAGUACAGGAGAUAUCGUGACUGGUGUGCUACUUGUUCCAUUGUAGGCUCUUUCAGACGCAUCACUGAUUUUUAA